AUGGUGUGUGACACCUCCACAGGCAGCAACAGUGAAUUUUGCUCCUUCAUGAAUUCAACCAUAGAGAAUUUGGAGACCAUGUGUGCAGAGGACAGAGCAGUAUCGCUGGAGGAUGUUGCUCAUCCCUUUGGUUCCUUCCUGAAUAGCUCCACCCUCAGUGCUGGUGGGAAGGAGAGCAAGGGGGAGGUGGCCUCCACCGUGACGUUCCUCCUGCAGAGUGUGGAAUUGGCUGCACUGACAGCUGCUUUGAGGUCUCUGGAGAUGAAGACCCAGAAUGUGACAACACAGUCUAUGGAUUCCUGUGAUAAGGUCUUCAAGCUGAGAGCUCAGGAGCAGGCAAUGGACAUUCAGUGUAAUAUAGUCACCAGAGCACCCACAGAAGAUUCUGUGGCUGUUGCUUUUAUUUCUUACUCCACCCUGGACUCCAUCAUUAACAAGAGAUUUCUCAAUGAGGGAGAUCUAACGGCUGAUGAGAAAUUGAGGAAUUUUCACCUGAAUUCCAGGGUGGUGAGUGGGGCUGUCAGCAAUGGGAGCCUCAUGAACAUCUCCAAACCUGUGAACUUCACCCUGCACCAUAGACAGGCAAAGAAAGAGGAGGAAGAGACUCGCUGCGUUCACUGGAAAUUCUUCGCUAGGAAAGGCACCUAG